AUGAGACAUACAAAAUUAGCCAUUGCUAGUGCAAGAAAAGCAAUCACAAAAAAGCUUUGUAAUGGCAAUGGUCGUUUUAAACAACUUAGCAACCCUGGUGUAUUUCCAAGCAUGUCAUCUACAUGGUUGAAUCAUCGUCCUUUUCAUGUUUCGAGUUUUCUUGCUGAUAAUAGGACGGCUCCUCCGAGACCAAAUGAAAACGAAAAAGUUUUGAAAAAAGAGAAUGAGUUCCUAUCGGAUGCACAGGAACCAAACAUGUCGGAUUUGGGACCCAACUGGCAAACUUCGUUUUACGGGUUGUCAUCGCAGCCAUUCAGCAAGGAGAUUAGUAGUACUUUAACUGCUCCUCUAUCUCCAGAAGAUGUGGAAAUCAAACCAGAUGGGAUUCUUUACCUACCUGAAAUCAAAUACCGAAGAAUACUAAAUAAUGCUUUUGGACCCGGCGGGUGGGGACUUGCCCCUCGUGGAAACACAACUGUCACUAGUAAAUCAGUUUCUCGAGAAUAUGCUCUAGUAUGUCAUGGUAGGCUUGUAUCUGUUGCUCGAGGUGAGCAGACUUAUUUCGAUCCUGAAGGAGUUGCUACUGCAUCUGAGGGUUGCAAAUCAAACGCAUUAAUGAGAUGCUGCAAAGAUUUGGGAGUUGCAAGUGAAUUAUGGGAUCCGAGAUUUAUUCGUGCUUUUAAACAUGAGCGUUGCAUUGAAGUGUUCGUUGAGAAUGUGAUGACAAAGAAAAAACGUAAAUUAUGGCGCAGAAAAGAGGACAGAUUCACUUAUCCUUACAAAGAAUAA